UUCAUCAUUAUUUUGAAGGAUGUGCGCAUAUUUCUUGACGGAGCAAAGAAUGGAGCCAUCGUAAUAUCGUUAGGAACGAAUGUGAAAUGGAAACAUUUCAAUUUAGAUACGGUUAAAACCGUUAUAUUGGCUCUGUCGAAACUAAAACAACGAGUGCUGUGGAAGCUAGAUAUUGAAGUGCCAUUUGAGAUGCCCAAAAAUGUAAUGGUUGUGAAAUGGAUGCCUCAAAGCGAAGUUUUAUCUCAUAAAAAUGUAAGAGCAGUCUGGACACAUGGUGGUCUUCUGAGUACGCAGGAAGCUAUUUGGAAAGGUAUACCAAUGAUCGUAAUGCCUUUCAUUAUAGAUCAAAAAUCCAAUGCAAGAAUAUUAGUAGCUAAAGGUGUUGGCAUACAGUUGGACAUUAAAACUUUGUCCACGCAAUCCAUAUUACGCGCAGCUGAAGAAGUACUUUACAAUGAAAGUUAUACGAGAAACAUGAAACGAUUAUCUAGCGAAUUCCGGGAUCGGCCAAUACCGCCAUUAGAUUUAGCUAUUUGGGGCAUUGAAUACACCGUUCGCCAUCCAAAUGGAACUUUAGUGACGCCGCUGAGAUCUCAGAGCUGGGUGGAACAAAAUCUGAUUGAUGUUUACGCAUUUUUGUUUCUUAGUUUCUUCAUAAUAUUGUUAAGUAUAUUCUUUGUAAUAAAACUAUUGAUUAAUUUUUAUUAUAAUUAUAUGUACACUACAUCUAAUUUACGCAAGAGUAAACAUGCGUAAGUCGUAGAAACAUUAACAAACUUUGCGUGCAGUUACUGCAUAUAAUGUUAAUGUAAAGAAGUGAAUAUAACUUGAAUAUAGAAAAUGUCAUAAUAAUUGCAUUGAUAUUGUAAUUAAUAUAUAUUAAAUUAUGUUAUACUAAAUUGUAAAAUAAAAUAA